CUAAUCGAAAUUAUUUUUCCUUCGAUUGUGUCGCAAUUCUCCUUUUUUCUGGAAGUUAGUUUUUGCUAGAACAGCGGGUAACGCGGAGAAGACUCAGCAACGAAGGACUUGAAUCUUAGGAGUUCUUCGCCCUUUGUUCCAGCUGACAGAUAAUUCGCCAUUGCAGCCAUUACCUAUAUUCGACAUGGUAACUGGGCCCUUCUUUCCGUACGCUACUCGUAGUCAGCUAAGUAGCUCACAACCGAGCUAGGCUCAUCAAGUACCAAUCCAAGCGGAUUUUCGACAUCAAUAGGCACCCCUAGCAGGCCGCUUUUGAGUUGACUCGAACAUCUCCAGCAGGCGCGACUCGUGGUGGACAUACACCGCAGUGUAGAGGCGGGAAUGGCGGAGCGGGCUUUAACGCAGAAAAUAGCCAGUACUGUUAGGGGCUUGAUAGGCGACGAGAAUCGCCUGCAAGCAGAGAUCGAGAGCAGCUCGGUGCAGCUGAAGCUGCUAGCAGAGGCGAUGGAGAAAGAGGGCAAGACAGAGAGGGUGGCGGAGUUAGAGGCAAUGACUCGAAAGGUGGUGGAGACGGCCCAUGAGAUGACGCUGCACCAGAAGGCACUGGAGGCAGUGCGAGACAGCUACCAGUACACUGGCACACCGACCAAUUUCGAGGAGCUCCUGCGGCGGCAGGUGGCGGAGCUAGAGGCUGCUCACCCCUGCCCUGAGGACCAUCGCAUUCUGGAGGCCUUCCGACAAACCAUCCGGAGUGUGAGGCAGGGAGGGGAGGGGGCGGGGGAUGACGAUGAUGACGAUGAUGACCUAAUGAUGACCACCAAUCUGAUAGUGAAGAACUCCAACUGCCCAGUCACAAUGCGCCAUGUGGAAGACCUGAGCGACCCCGUGUGCUGCAUGGAUUGUCGGCAUGUGUAUGAGAAGAGUGCCAUUUUGGAAAUUAUCGCUCAGAACAGCAGUUGUCCUGUGUCUGGUUGCCGUCAGCGUUUGAGCCGGGACCGCUUGGUAUGUGACACUGAGCUACUGAUGGCACUGAGGGAGCUACGCGCACGGAAAGCAACCGCUACUGCAGUGCCUGAGGAGAUUGAUGACUUGUAAUUGCUGAUCGAUUCUAUGGAGUUGUUUCUUUUACAACUUGUUUGCUGUAUGCAUGCAUCGGAGUGUUUUUUCCUAGCCGCUUUAUUGUUGGGCUGAUAAAGAGGCCUUAGGAUCUUUCAGAGUCUAAGUCCCAGUUGUAAAAAGGAGACUUGAGUAGUGCAGCGGAAGUUGAGUGGUUGAACCCUUGUACUACCUUGAGUCAAAAGCGACAUAUUUUGAUCAUUUCAUGCACAAGCGUAUAAUAGCGAAUGGCAGGAUGAAAUCGUUACUAUCACAGGCUCCCGCCAGCUUGGCGCGCAGCGUGCCAUGCGCUGUCGCCUCCCAAGAACCGUCGCCGACGUAUAACAAGUGUCGCACGAUCGCAUGGCCGAGCCAGAACCGCCGCACGGUCGUCCUAGCUAGUCGCAGCACGAGCACAGGACGAGUUAGGGAAAGCAGCAAGACCACCACCACCAGAGCCGGCAGCAGCAGCAGCAGCGGUCACGCGAAAUCAGGGAAGAACAACCGGAAA